UCUGUUUUUACAGGAGAUGAUUCAGACUUUGGAUGUGAACCAUUUUUCUCUCUCAGCGGAAGGAGUUUCAACACAUCGGUGUACUCCAUGAGAGUAUUUUUAUUUUGUUAAAGCUAUAUUUUUGCUCAUUUGGACUUGGUUAUUUUGGUAUCAUUUUGACCUUCCUAUGCCCUGUGUGACAGCUUAGUGUUGGACACUGGUCGCCAUGGCAGCAGCCUAUCGUGUUGUGGUGAGCAGUGUGAGCUGUUACAACAGUGUGGUAGUGGACCGCCGUGCUCACACACAUGCUGUGCACUACUGCUCGGGGCCAUGUGGGGCGCUGUCCCAGGGAUUGGACUGCACCGUGGCACAUCGUGGCACCUGCUCCGAGCUGCUGGUCACCCCUGACCCCAUGUACGCUGACCCCACCCGCACACACACACAGUCCCAUAACAUUUCCACGCACCAGAUCCUUAGCCAUGGUAAAGCCAAUGUUGCCAUGGAUACCAGCUAUAACAGCGGUGUCACUCUAGAGAGGGCGAGUAGUAGUGGUAAUUUGUCCGUAGGGGAGGACAGCCCCCCAUGGCGGGGAAAAAAGACCCCCAGCAGCGGAGGAUCUAUCGGGAACCUGAUACCCACCGGCAGUUUGAAGGAUAUUACCGGAGAGGCAAUCAACCUGGCCAGUGGCAAGCUCAAAGAGUUCUCCUUUGAUAAGCUCCGUGUCUCCUCCACCAGUCAUGUCACCUUCCGGAAAGGCCGAAAAGUCCGUCCCGACUCAUUUAGUCGUCGCUCCACAGACCUAGACAUCAUCUAUGGCCACUUCAGCGCCAGCACCACCAGCAACGGAAUGGCCAACGGCACGGCCACCUCCAAUGACGAGAACCUGCCACCGUUUGGACUCGGAAAAGGGACAGGACUGGAGGAGACAAAGCUGAAGGGCAGUACAGGCAGCCUGUCAGGGAUCACCAAAGUUGGGGGCGGCUCAACAGGCAGCCUGUCCAGUAUCUGCAGCGGGUCACUGGACCAAGGCCUGAACACGGUAGCCACCCUGUAUCUCAACACCAUGGGAGAGGAGAAUCUGAUUGCCCGUCUGCUGGAGAAGACACGGGCUGAGGCAGGCGCUGGGGGAGCAGGCGGGGAGGACAUCCGGGCCUGCCUGGACAUCCUGCUGAAAUGCUCUGAGGAUCUCAAGAAAUGCACUGACAUCAUUAAGCAGUGCAUCAGGCGCAAGGCCCCUGGUGGUGGGGGAGGGUCAGACGAUGAUGGCGCCAGUCCUGAGAGUGUGUACCGGGCUGUAAUGACCAGACUCAGCACCUAUCUGAAGAGACUGCCCCUGGAGCUGGAGGGGAUUGGUGGGUUGGGAGGCAGCGGGCAAGGGGGGCAGGGUGCACCUGGAACUGGGCACAGUGAGCUGGUCGAGCUUGUCAAUAGCCUCCACUCCAUCCAGCAAGGACCCUACUCUCCGAUCUUUGGCAAUGAGCAACCUCCCCGCUACGAGGAUGUGGUACAGUCCCCUCCCAUCCCCAAGGCCGCUCUUUCUGCUUCAAGUCCUGCUUCCUCUUCUGCCUCCACCUCCUCCUCUUCAUCUUCUUCUUUGAAAGCAGAGUCCAGCCAUGCAAUGCCAGUCCAGAACUCUCCGUCCAGAGCCUCUCCCCUUACCAAUGGACUACAGCACACACACCCUCCUUCUAGCACACAACACACUCUCUCUCCCCCAUCUUUCACAUAUUCUCCGUGCAGCUCCUCCACAUCUCCAACACACCCUCCCUCUCCACUUUGUUCUUCCCCAACCCCACCAUACACUCACACUCCUCCAGCUUCCCCCAUGGAGGCUCUCUACAUCGAGGAAGAAGCUGAUGUGGGCAAGAGCCCAGAGCAAAUCACACAACAGCCACACACUCCAGACAGAAGUGUGACAGACAGACACACCACCUCUCAGAACAGAAACGGUACAGCAUUAAAUCAACACACACAACUGUCCCAACAACACACACUUCAGACACCUUCAAAUACUCAGCCGUCCAGUGCUAGCUACAGCCCCCACUGGUCAUCCUCUUCCCCAGUGCCACCCUUAGCACCUAAAGCUGUGCCCCAGAGGAACGAUGACAUUGACAAGCUGCUGAUGGACUUGGAGAAUCUGUCUCAGAGUAUGAGCCAUGCUAGGGAUAGUGAGCCCCCACUUCCAGCAAAGACUAGGAAGAGAGAUGGAAGCCUCGGGAGUGGCUCCAGUGAGGUCUUCACUCAGCCGCAGAUGACCCAAGUCCAGAAGCCAGCUAGCCACAUAGCUGCUAAUGGCCCCACCUCCAGGACUCACCAGGGUCUCAUGUCAAUGCCUCCCCAGGGACAGAAUAGUGAAGGUGGUUUGGGAGAGGAAGAGGAUGGGGCACUGCUGCUGAGGAUCUUGGAGAGCAUUGAGAGUUUUGCCCAGGAGCUGGUGGAGUCUGGGGCAGGGAGCACGGGAAGCUCUGAGAGGAGCAGUGGGAAGGAGCGGGAGGUGAUGAGGCUGCUGCAGGACACGCUGGCUGCUGCCGGCAGGGCUGAGACCCCUCUGCAGGACGCAGACACACCACUAGAUCCCCCUGUACCAUCCAUACACACAACUGCAGCUCCAGCUGUCCCACCAAAACAGACCAUGCCACACACACCUGCCGCACCACCUGAAGCUCUGUCUGUGGCUACACCUGAACCAGCACCUCAGCUUACACCUGCUGCUGCCCCCAAACCUACACCUACUCUCAUGCCUGAGUGUGUAACAGAGGCUGCAGAUAGAGUUACAGAGGUCUCUACAGCUGAAACAGCCUCAAAGUUUGUGACUACCCCUGCACCAGCCGCCCCUGCCAGCCUGCCUACCUCCACUCACCCAGCUGCUCCAGCACCUGAAGCUACACCUGAGGAUCCAGCCUUUGUUGCCAUCCCAACCCCGGUGGCCGUGAGAACUUCUGCUGUCGCCGUUAGUGACACUGUUGCCGUUAGAGACAGCGGUUCAGCCCUCCUCAUCCAGCAGACUCCUGAGGUAAUCAGGGUCCAGUCCAAACCUGAGAAGAAACCUGGCACACCCCCGCCGGCCCCCGCCCCGGCCGUGACCGCACCCACCCCGACGCCCCGCUCCCCCAGUCCCCCUCCAGCCCCGGUGAUUGUCACCCCUCCUCCCCCUGCCAUCAACAUUCCCAGGUUCUACUAUCCCCGUGGGCUUCCUGCCCCAGGCCCGCCCUCCAACCACGACACGAUCAUCGCUGCCAUCGAGGCAGCCUUCACGGAGUUUGAGGAGGAGAAGGCCGACAUUUAUGAAAUGGGCAAGAUUGCAAAGGCAUGUGGGUGUCCACUUUACUGGAAGGCCCCCAUGUUCAACGCAGCCGGUGGAGAGAGGACAGGCUUUGUCUCUGUUCACUCCUUUAUUGCAACCUGGAGGAAGUUGUUGCACAGUUGCCACGAUGAUGCAGCUAAGUUUAUUUACCUGCUCGCCAAGCCAGGCUGUAAUUACCUGGAGCAGGAGGACUUCAUUCCUCUUCUGCAGGACAUAGUGGACACCCACCCUGGGCUGACGUUUCUGAAAGAUGCUCCUGAAUUCCACUCCCGCUACAUCACAACGGUGAUCCAGCGGAUAUACUACGUGGUGAACCGUUCGUGGACGGGCCGUAUCACCAUGAUGGAGCUGCGCAGGAGUAACUUCCUGCAGACCCUGGCCCUGCUGGAGGAGGAGGACGACAUCAACCAGAUCACCGACUACUUCUCUUACGAGCACUUCUACGUCAUCUACUGCAAGUUCUGGGAGCUCGACACUGACCACGACCUCUACAUCGACCCCAAAGACCUUGCGAGAUACAACGACCACGCAUCCUCAAACAGAAUCAUUGAGCGAAUGUUUUCAGGGGCCGUCACUCGGGGGAACUCUGUGCAGAGAGAAGGCAGGAUGAGCUACGCCGAGUUUGUCUGGUUCCUCAUCUCUGAGGAAGACAAGAAAAACCCCACCAGUAUAGAGUACUGGUUCCGCUGUAUGGACGUUGAUGGCGAUGGCGUCCUGUCUAUGUUUGAGUUGGAGUAUUUCUACGAGGAGCAGUGUGAGAGGAUGGAAGGGAUGGGCAUCGAACCUCUGCCCUUCCAGGAUUUGCUCUGCCAGAUGCUCGACCUGGUGAAGCCCGAGACCCAAGGCAAGAUAACCCUGGGCGACCUGAAACGCUGCCGGAUGGCCCACAUAUUCUUUGACACCUUCUUCAACCUGGAGAAAUACCUGGACCACGAGCAGAGAGACCCAUUUGCUGUGCAAAAGGACAUUGACAGUGAAGGUCCAGAGCCAUCUGAUUGGGAUAAAUAUGCCUCAGAGGAGUAUGAGAUCCUGGUGGCAGAGGAGACUGCCAAUGAACAGCUACAUGAGGGGUCAUUUGAUGAUGAGUAUGAGGCAGAUGAGCUUCAAGUCUCCGGAGAAAUUGGGAAUAAGAUGGAAAAACUGGUCAUAUCCGACCUGUCGGCAUGAAAUUCUCAUCUUGGAAUCUCUGGGCCUCUCACCCUGGAAAACACAGACAGGAAACGAGGGACGGCGGGCUCGGAAAAAAUCAGCUGGAAGACUUAAAAAGAUGGAUGGAUGUAAAGAAAGCAAUAGAAAAGGAUUUUGGCAGCUGUGGAGUUUAAAAGCCCGAGUUCCUCCUCAGAAGGGACUUGUUAGUGUUUGCGUGUGUGUGACUGUAAACCAAUACUGUACUUAUACUGUAUCUGGUGCAAUAAUAUAUCUGUAUCCGUACAGAAAGCGAGCUCUUCACUUCACCUGAGAGAACAAAGCCAUGAAAAGCGGAUAGUUGCGGAUAAGCUCUAAAAAGAAUGAGAAUGAAAAAAAAAAACUUUACUGUAAAAUAAUGUAGCUGCCAUUGUGAAUUCUCUACUGACAAUCCUGCCAGAAGACAAUCAUCAGUCGUGUAUUUUUCUAAGUGUUACUGUGCACAUCAUAAGAAAGACAGACAGGUUAACUGUCAGACAAACUGCUAGAUAGAGAGACAGACAGGGAGAACAGACGCAGACAGUCUACUGCCAAAUAACGAGACAAACAGAAAGACAGAAACCAGCAAUCUACUGCUUGAUCAGCAUGUUACUGUGUUCCUUGUAGAGGAAGUUGUUAAACCUCCUGUCCCAUUCCUUGUGGGAGGAAUCACAUAACACUGCGGAUGGUUCUAAAGGCGCCUCCCUGUGGCCAGCUUGUGCUACUGCACACCGACGCUGCACGCCAUAACUGUCAUGCAGCAGAGCCACGGUGCACAGCAGCCGGCUAACCUUUCCAUCAGGGAGUUCACUUCACAGCACGGCCUGAGCGGCUCUAUUCUUAGAGCAGUGUUAUCUCUUUGCGCUCCACCUCUGGAGUCCCUUUGUGAUUUUUUUUUUUUUUUUUUUUUUUUUAAACCUGGGUAAAAGUUUCAGGCCACGAGGACCGUAAUGUUUCAGCCAUUCACUUCAGUCAGUUUCUUCCCACUCAGUUCAUAGUGAGGGAUCUGUACAUAGAAUGAUGCACAUUAUGAAACAUAUCAAACUCUCUGGUAGAGUUGCCCACACAUUUCCAUCUCCAUACUCUUCCAUUCUAUAUUUGUAAUAACGCAGUAGAUGCUGUGCCUAUCCAUCUCAUGCAAUGCACACCCAGUAGCUUUCUCACAUCCUCAUAGGUAGUGGAUUAGUAAAGAAAUGUACGUGGUAGCAGCUGGUCAUAUUACCUAGCUCUGUUUGCCGAGUGUCCUUGUUCUUAUUUAUUCCAAAAUUAACACAUAUUCAGGUGUUCAUGAGGGAAAUAGAUAUCAAGUCUUUCUUUUAUUACUGUCAACUAAUUCUUCAGUGUCUGUUUGGAAAUCACACUGUCAUAUUCCAUGGUGAUUCUGUACAAAAAAAACAAAAGGUGUUUUCAAGACCAUUUUCCCCGUAACACACAGUGCCGUGGACGCCUCUUCACUCCAUAUUGACUGUGCUGCACUCACAGGGACAGGUGCAUGUGUGUACACUGCCCGUACUGUAAUAGCUAGGAGCGUGUGUUUGCUUAUAAAUCACUGAUAGAGGAGUGUGUCUUAGGAGUGUGUGACGUGUAGCUCUCCGAGUCAAAGCUGUUGAUAGAACGUAGUCGUUGCCAUGGGGACGGUGUUCCCAGGGCCGGUGUGUGUGCUUGUGUAACUCUUUAAUUAGGAACGGGACAACUCUUGUUCUCAAAGGCUCCAAGUUCACUGGUGUAUACCUCUCUUAGUGGCACUUACUGUACACACACACACACACACACACACUCACCUACACAUUUAUACACACACUACAUUGAAAGGGAGAAAGAGAGCCAGUGGACGCCUUAAGGACCAUGAGUUUCCCCCUUCAGCUCUAUAGCCAUUGUAAAUGUGCCUGACUGUAUUUAACUCAAUCAAUAACAAUAAUAAUAUUAAUAAUAAUAAGCCAUUAUAGACAUAACGGCUUUGAUUUUUAUGUAUUUUGAUGGAUUGUAUUGCUGCGCCACUGUGUGGCGUGUGUGCUGGGAGGAGGGAGGGGGGAUAAAUUAUGUUAGGUGUGCAUAUGUUUGUGUGUUAGACACACAGUGAUGAUGUCAGCCGAAUGGGGCGGAUUCGUCUUGGAGGACUGCGAUCUGAGGCUCUGCCCACCUGACAAUCAAGUAUGAGAUGCAUCUCAUGCAGAAACCUCUGAGACUGGUGUUUCACUGCUGUUGUCUCUCACACACAAUCAUACACACUCUCACACACUCUCAAGGAGACAAGUCCAUCCAUCCAGACAGUAGUAAAGAGGAACUUUUGGGCCACGAUGUGACUUCUCCUGAUGACAUUUUUCUGGCUCUAUGCAAAGUGUCCUGGUGCUUGCUCACUCAGGACUGGCCAAGGAGAGAAGCCAUGGGGGAGCUGUCUCUGACCAGGGGCACUCCGGACAGCGAGAGGACUUUUACUUUGAAAUCACAUCUUUACUGAGGCAGGUAGAGAAGGGACUUUGACUUUGAAAUACUUCCUCCACACAGAGGAGAUUUGAGUAGGCUAAGAUGUGUUUAAAUUCUGAUGGUUAUUGUAUUGGCAUGGUGUUUCUUUUUGUCAUUUCCUUGUUUGUUUCUUUGUCUCUUCUCUGUUUUUCUUUCUUUCUUUCUUUCUUUCUUUCUUUC